AUGUUUGGAACAUAUCUGGAUAUCCAAAAAGGCAUCUUCAUGGAAGACCUUGACGAUCGUGAACUGAAAGGGAGAUGGAAGAGCUUUAUCGGGAAAUGGAAAGCGCUAGAAGGAGCAUAUAAUCGCGGUUCCCCUGAGACUUCCGUUCACAGCCCUCGUGGGAGAAGAGCGUCUCCUUCGUAUAAGAAUGGUGAGGAGCGUUCUGCUGUUUCCAGUGAACGUCGCUCGCAGGAUUUCAACGAGAGAAGUCUCUCAACUGAACAGGAAGGGCAAAAUAAGGACCAGGGAGAGGAAGAGGAAGAGGAUGAGGAGGAAUCUUAUGGGCCACAAAUACCAACUUCGCAAUGCCAACUGUCCGGCUACAGGUCUGGACCGAAAAUUCCAACUCUAGCAGAUCUAACCAUCAAACAAGAAGAUGAACAAUUAGAUCUCGAAGAAUCCCGCAGAAUCAACAAAGCCAUCCGCAAACAAGAACUCAAAUCUCACAAAGGCGAGCUUCGCAGGAUGGAAGACGAGAUUGCACCGCGAGCAGAACCGGGGUCCCGAGAACGGCUUUUAGAAAAGAAGCGAGAGAAAUCAGCAUCAAAUCGCCAGUUUGCCGAGGCCCGCCGCGGUGGCUCACCCAUUGAAGCGGUUGCAGAUGCAGAUCUCAUGGGAGGAGGGGAAGGCGAGGACGGAUUUAAGAAGCUGAAAGAAAAGCAGAUGCGAAAGAAGAAUGAACGUGAGCUUAGGAAGGAGGAGAUUUUAAGAGCCAGGGCUGAAGAAAGAGAAAUCCGACUUCGGUCAUAUCGACGCAAGGAGGAUGAGACCAUGGACUACCUCCGUGCUAUUGCUCAAGAAAGAUUUGGAUAG